AUGCGCGAAGAGCAGCGCAUCGUACUCGCCCCCCUCAAGAUAGUAGAAGCGGGAGAGGCGGCGGCGAUAGCAGAAGCGCAGCGAGCGAUAGAAGCAGAUGGCUGCAGCGUUGUAUGUGACCACGUGCAGGUAGACGGCCGCACAGUGGGGGAGGGAGGCGGCGUGGGGGAGCAGCAGAUGUACCAGGCUCGUGCAGGGCUGGAUUAUGAGUCGUCGUUCGGGAAAGCUGCGCCAAACGACCUGCUGCUGAAGUUGCGGCGCACGACGCUCUACUACAAGCGCAACCUCGCGCACAUCUGCUCCUUCUUUGUGCGCAGGAAAGUGAACGACCCAGUGGCAAAGAAGAUGAUGCGGCUGGCAGAAAAGAUACCGUCGUUGGAAGCAUCAGAGGACACGAGCAUCAAGACGCUCUUUGUGGGAGGAGUGGACUCACGCAUCACAGAGGCUAACCUCAAGAACAAGUUCUAUUCUUAUGGGGAAAUCGAGUCCAUCUGUCUCAUCACCCCACGCAGCUGUGCCUUCAUCACCUUCACCAGGCGCGAGGAUGCAGAGAAGGCAGCAGAGGGUCUGGCCAACAAGCUCAUUGUGAAAGGGAUCCGGCUCAAGCUUGACUGGGGCAAUCCCCUUCCCUCCCCCCUCCCCCUUGUGUGCAUGGCAUCACAGGGACGAGUUCUAUGCGUUUGGCUUUGGAAGGAGGGGGAGGAAACCGGUUGCUGGAAGGGGGAGAGAAGGGAGGGGGGGGGAGCGGGAGGAGCGGGUGAGGGGGACAAGGGAGCGUUGGUGAGGGGACGCAAGGGGGAGAGGGAGGAGACGGAGGAGGAUCGGGUGGUGCUGCUGGGGGGAGUGGUGCGGGAGAGGGUCCGGCUGGGGGCAGCUUCGGGUUGUUGCCUCAGGCUGCGGCAGGUUCGGUGGUAG